ACGGUACGUAUCGACUUGGUCCAGACUGGGAGUUCUGGAAGACUGGAAGCUCUCUGGUGUGGAAGUUCGAGGCUACGCCUACAUUCAGAGCCGUUUAGAGCUCUAUAUCCGGCUCUGCCUACAUUCAUUUACCACGUAUUACCUGCUAGAAUACGUCAAGCAAGCUAACCGUCAAAGCUAACAUCCCUCGAGUCACGCAAUACAACACAAAGCGCAGAUUCUCUUGCGUGACGUUGUUACAGUGAAGACGAGAGCUCGAGUCUUUGGCGGCGUCUACAAACUAUGACAGAAGAUUGGAGCAAUGACGCGUACCGCUACAUCGAAGAACGUUUGGGAGCAACAAAAUGUGAAAAAAUGAAACAAAACGAGUACCCGUCGAUAGCAGAACCUGGAAUUUUCAGUGGAAUACGACUAUGGGCAAGUAGCAAGAUGCUGAAUGCUCUGGUACAGUACAGGGCGUCUCAAAAAGGUCGUCGAAUAACACACACAUUGGGAGUAGGAGGAGUCGGCAUCGCAACGAUUGUAGACAACGUCGAUAUUCCCAAGAACUCGUUCUUUGUAUCAGGUCGUGUGUUUCCAGUGAGAAUACGUCAUGCAAACCUCACGUUUGAUGAUGAUCGUACACUUGAUAUUCGGUCGGCGUCGCUGAAAUUUGCAGACAAAAAUGUGGAUAGUCCACUGGAUCUUAUCAUGAAUACGGGUGACAGGUGUUCAUUCUGGAAUGGUCCGACGCUCACAGAUUUUCAGGCGUCACGUCCUGCUGCAGAAGAGAAGAAAGAGGAAACUGAAAAGAAAGUGCGAGAAUGGAUGGACAAGAAUUCUGCAUACUACUACAAUGCUAUUCAAAGCAUUCGUCGAGCUCCCACAUCCUACUCAGAUAUGAUAUAUCACAGCCAGGUCACUAUGGAGUUGAAGGAUAAAGAGGACAAGACACAUCAUGUGCGAUUCAGGCUUAUUCCAGCAGACUAUACUGGAUCAGAAAGUGGCUUACCUGAUGCCGAAGACCAGAAAGAACCAUGGAAGUUUGCUGCACGUCCCACAGACUCCAGACCAUCCGACUAUUUACGUCAAGAUUACACAAACAAGCUAAAUGCUGGAUCAGUCAAAUAUCUUCUUCAAAUUCAGUUACAUGGUGGCCAACAAGAUCCCAACAUGUUCAAUUUGGGCAAGCCUUGGACCAACAGUCCAUGGCGUAACCUUGCCAAUGUCUCAAUUCUGUACUCUCUCCUUCCCAGCGUCGUCGAGGUUACCUGCUACAACAUUGCUCAUCUACCCGACUGCAUGGCCAUUCCUGAAGCAGACUCUUUCCAAGAUUAUCGUUCCAUUGGUGUUCUUCGUCGUGGAGUGUACGAGGCAAGUCAGAAAGGAAGACUCUCAUCCGGCCCUCCAAAGUUUGACGAGCCAGCAAAGAUAAGCUACAAAGUUUCUGUCGUUACUUCAAACGAAGGAGGAGCGGGUUAUGAUGGUGAAGUGUUCAUUACUAUAUCGGGAAGCAACGGACGCACGGCACCCACGCAGUUGGAAAAGUCAAGAAUUUUUAGUGAGGAUUUCUCUUCUGGUGAUAGAGAUGCCUUUACGGUUGAGGGGAUCGAUGUUGGUGAUAUAUCUUUCAUUCAAAUCAAUCUGGAGAGAAACAACGAGGACGGUUGGGCUUUAGACAUGAUUUCUAUUGAGAAGGACGGACACGAGGAGAUGUUCCCGGUAUAUCAGUGGAUAUAUGAUCAACUCAUUGUCAGGAGUGGUCAUGCAACAUUGCCAUUUCAAGAUGAUGACAAGCUGAGGGCUAUUCGCUUGCUGGAGAAACAACAAUGGAGGGCACGGUUGCAGUGGCGUGAUUGGGAGAGUAUGCCAUCACAUGCUGAUAUUGAUGAGCAUGGGGAUCUACCACGUGAACUGCAAUUCAUGGAUGAAAAGAACAAAGACUUUCAAGAGGGCAGAAAGCAGGGAAUAAUAAAUCUGAUGCUCAACAAAUUUGUGGGUAUAUUUGAAGAUGUCGAGUCAUUGCAUGAUUUUGUGAACUUCUUUAGAGUUGGGGUUGGACAGGUUCCAGCUGUUGCUGAUCGAUGGCGUUCUGAUCGUGAGUUUGGCAGGCAGUUUCUACAAGGCACUCACCCAAAUGUCUUCAAACAAAUCACUGAGUUGCCUGACAAAUUUCCUUUGCAAGAGAAGGAUGCGGCAGCCGUGCUAGGGAGAGGAGUCACAUUACAGGAUGCAUUGCAGGCUGGACAUGUCUACCUUGCCGACUUCAAGGAACUACAAUGGAUAAAGACACCACCAGAUCGUUUUGUGACACCAGCAAUGUGUCUGUUCUACGUGAAUGCUGCUGGUAAUUUCAUCCCAAUGGCCAUCCAGCUCUAUCAAGAGCCCGGGCCUCAAAACCCCAUCUUCACACCACAAGAUGUCGAGGUGGAUUGGCUGUGUGCGAGGUUCUACCUUCGUUGUGCUGAUGCACAGCUUCAUCAAAUGCGAGAUCAUCUGCUAAUGACGCAUCUGAUUAUGGAACCAUUUGCUGUGUCUCUGUAUCGCAACCUCGCUCGUGUUCAUCCCGUCUUCAAGUUGUUGGUUCCUCACAUUCGCUACACGAUGGCCAUCAACACAAUCGGUCGAAAGACGCUCAUUGGAGAAGGCGGAAUCGCAGACAAAGGACUCGCAGUCGGCAAGGGAGGACACAUUGACUUGAUCCAAAAGAACUACAGAGCAUUCGAUUACAGAAGUAUCGUCUUUCCCGAGUCGCUAGAGAACCGAGGCGUCGCUGACAUGACUAUUCUACCGAAUUACUUCUACAGGGACGACGGAGUUGAGAUAUGGAAGACGAUCGAACAGUUUGUUAGUGACAUCAUUCACGUAUAUUACAAAUCGGAUGAUGAUGUGCAAAGAGAUGAGGAGAUACAACUGUGGAUAAAGGAAAUUCAUGAGUCUGGCUUGCGAAAUCAUGGUUUACCAGACGAGAUCGAUCAUCAUGUGCCGUUUGAGUUCAAAUCAAUUGGUGAUCUCGUUGAGUGUCUUACUGCCGUCAUUUUCACGUGCUCGUGUGAGCAUGCGGCUCAGAAUUUUGGUCAGUUUGAAUAUUAUGCGUUCAAUCCGAAUGCACCGAUGAUUAUGAGGAGAGCUCCACCGAAAGAGAAAGGCACGUUGAAGAUGGAAGAUCUUGUCAAGAUGUUGGGACACCCGGAUCACGUGUCUGUGCAGAUAGCAGGCACCUGGACAUUGUCCCAGUUCAGUGAUGAUGAGCUCUUCCUUGGUGACUACCCACAUUUCCAUUUUCAAGAUCAACCAGCUAGAGAUGCCAUCGAGCGAUUCCGUAAACGGCUUGCUGCUAUCGACAUAGACAUAGACAAAAGAAACAAAACACUAGAAGUUCCCUACACUUUCCUCAAACCCAGCCUAGUGCCAAACAGCAUCGCCAUAUGAACGAAGUCAAAACGGACGAACAAAUAAGGAAUUUUUGCUGUAACGAAAUUAGUUGUUGAAUGCUGUUGAUUUGUGUUAUAUCUGUUUGUAUCUUACAUAAACGCUGCAGACUAUA